CACGCCGCUCCGUUCGAAUAGGUUGCAAGUAAAACUAUCCAGUCUUGCGGGGCUUUCCCUACCGCGUACGCUCAAUGGGCUUGAGCUGUAGCAGGGUAUAUGCGCCUUGACGCAACGCGACCUGCAACGAGGGCCGCUCCAUUAGAAAGUAGACCACAAGCAAUGCGCGUGUUCACGCACCCCGCAUCCCCUCGCCUCCGCCGACCCCAGGGCCAUGGGGCUGGCGCUCCCACCCACGCGCCGCCCGCACCAUUGUCGCCGGCGCCUCACCCGCUGCUCUCCGCGUCGCGCUCCCUCUCGUCGCCUGUGCCUCAUCCUCGUGGCAGCAUGCCUCGCUGCGUGCAGCGCGGAGCAGCAGAGCGGGGCGUCGCAGCCGGGGGCGAUGCUGGCGGGGUUCGAGUACCCGGAGCACGUGUGCGGGGCGGCGUGGCGCGACGAGUACGCGCGGCUGCACGCGCGCAUUAGAGCCGCCAGCAGACACGCGUGGCAGGCGCGGCAGCGAGGCGCGCCACGCGACGAGGCGGGCAGAGCAGAUGCCCCUUCCAGUGCCCCAUCACCAUCACCGUCCCCAGCACCAUCCCCAUCCCCAGCACCUGCAUCUGCACCUGCACCUGCAUCCGAGGCAGCGGCACCCUCCGCCUCGUCCCCACCACCGCCUUCCGCUUUGCCCAGGCGCCUAGCGGGCUCUUCCCCCAAUGAACCCCCUGAUCCCCUAGAGCCCCCCGUGCGCUUCUUCACGUACGACUGGUACGGCACGUGCGGGGGGCUGGGUGAUUAUCUGAUCGGGCUGGUAUCGCUGUUCCCUGUGGCGCUGCUGGACCGCCGAGCGCUGCUCAUCGCGCAGCCCUGCAUGCACGCCGCCUUCCGCUCGCCGCACAUCCACACCGCGCUCUCGCCCGACGUCCCCAUGGGGCAGCCCCUCGUGCCGGGGCCCGCAUGGGACGCGGAAUGGGGGCAGCAGCAGGGUGGGGAAGGGGGGGGCGAGGAGGGCGAGGGGGGCGUGGUAUGGCACGCGCCGGGGUGCGAGCGGCUGGAGAGCGACCUGAGUGCAGCGGUGCCGGACAGCAGCGCUGUGCCGUGCCUGAACCUGGUGCAGCAGAGCUUCGACAUUGAGCAGAUGCAGCGCUACAGCCACCUGGCCAACUACCGCGUGCGGCACAACCACGGGCUGCUCAUCAACACGCUGCUCUUCGACCAAGGGCCCUGGGCGGACGCGCUGCGGCGGCUGGGGUUCAAAGUGGCGUACGGCUUCGGGUGCAUCCUCCGCUUCCUCUUCAGCCCGCGGGCCGAGGUGUGGCAGCUGGUGGCGGGGUUGGAGGAGCAGCUAUGGGGCGAGGGCGUGGUGCGCGUGGGCAUGCACGUGCGCGUGCCCGACCGCACGGUGUGGCACGCGGGGCAGGGCAUCCCCAUGGAGAUGGGGCAGGCGCAGCUAGACCAGCUGCUCGAGGCUGCCAACGCCACGCUGCAGUGCGCUCAGGCGGUGGAGGACUUCUGGUACCCGCCUCCCCUGCGGGUCAAGUGGAUCCUCCUCACCAACUCGCUGCCACUCAAGCAAGCUCUCAAGGCCAAGUACCCAGAUAAGGUGGUGAUGACGGACUUCAUCCCAUGGCACUCGGACCGCGCCACCGCGGAGCAUAUAGACCCAACCACCUCCCCCGAGGAGGCGGAGGCGGCGGCACGCGGGGUGCAUCGGUUCCGUGAGACGGUGGCAGAGUGGGCGCUGAUGGCGGCGUGCCACUCGUUUGUCAUCCCCGCGUCGGGCUUCUCCCGCACCGCCGCGCUCUACGCCCUGCGCCCGCUCGACAUCUUCAUGCCCCCGCCCGACGAAUGCAACCCUGAAGCGCCCACCCCCAUCGCCGCCCUCCGAGGCUCCUGGAGCGGAAUAUAGCCCUCGCAACGAGGACAGUGCAGCCCACUAAUUGGUUGUGUGUCGCGCUGGGUAUGGUGGUGCGCACUUAGGGUGUGAAGGAGCAAGUGGGGCAUGCGAAGGGUUGUGGGAAAAAAUCCUAUCUCCCGCCAUGUCUUUCCCUGUAGGUGGCUGCUAGAGGGUGGUGCUGGUGGGGGCACGAGACAUGCCCCAUGUCCAUGACCCCAUGGUAGCAAUACAUAUGCAGCUGAUGUGUGGGACAAGCAGCACCCACACCACUCCGGCAGGAGCACUGGCUUCACCUGUCUGCAUGAUGCUGCACUGAAACGGCAGGCCAUGAGCAACAUCAAUGGAGGGAGGCAUGCAGACAAUAUAGAAGCAAGCGUGAGAAAGCGACUGCUGAAACAUAUUGGAUAUCUCUUUCCUGCAUGUCCAUUCUGUCAUUCUCAUCCGGAAUAUAAAUGACCAAUGGGA